CUGGUGUCCAUCGUAAACCUCAGUGUCCGUCACGAUCAAAACACUGAGCCAUCACAGCUGAGGACCUGCGCUUUAUAACAUGAACCGAAAAAGAAACCACAGCUAUAUAGAAACGGGACAGUCUUCUGAGACCCAGAGCGCGUUUAUGGACAACACUGGGUCCUUCAGCCGCGAUGAGGAGGAUUUCUCCGAGCUCGAACCCGAUGAGCAGCUGGUGUGUUCGGUGACCGAGAUCACGGAGCAUCUGGGCAGGAACAUCACGGUGGUGCUGGAGUCCGCGCUGUCCGAGAUACGCAAACUGGUCAGCGUCCGGAUCCGCGUUCUGAAGAUGGAGCUCCGCGAGAAAUCCGACGAGAUCGAGGUGCUCAGGGCCAAACUGGAGUCAACGGAGAAAGACGGAGGACGAGUCCCUAACUCCAGCAUCCUGGAGUUCAAGAAGUCAGACCACCAACCGUGCCAGAAACACGGCACCGACCCUAAGAGAGCAAAACCCGAGAUUCCCGUGGUGAAGAAGGAGAACAUCAACGCGAUCUGCGACUAUCUGAUGAAGGACAAGAACCAGCGCAGUGGUGCUGAAGUGGAGAGCGACCAGAGCGAUCAGGCCUUUGGAUCGGAACAGGAUAUGCGGACGGAACCGCAACCGCACGCGCCUCUGAGCAUGUGGUCGGACAGCGCGCACGGAGACACGGACACAGACACCGACAUCUUCAACAUGCUGCCGCCCGCCAGUAAACGCAUGUAUGACUAUGAGUGGAUGACUGGAGUUGAGCUCAACUCCGAGUUUAAAGGUGAUACAGAAACAAAGUGUGAGAAUGUUUCCAGUGUGGAUGAUGAGGAUGAAAAUUACGACUCUGAAGGAGGAAGAGGAAGUUUAAGAUCUGUGUCUGACCCAAACGCUGCCCAUUUUCCUCCGGAAACUCAGGGCUGUCCACGAGAAGACAGGAGCAGCCCAGCAGAGGACAAUGUAGAUAAAAUGGAGACAGGUCAGCAGUUCUCUGCACACACAUUCAUUUGCCCCUUCUGUGGAACUCUCUGCCCCGACUCUUCAUUCCUGGAGGAACAUGUAAAACUCAUGCACCAUGACGAGAGCACCCAGGCUCUAGAGUCUCCUCCGGGUGCUUCCUCCUCUCAAGCGGAGAGUGACUUGGGUGAUGCAGGGCGAGUUCUGGUAAGCCCAGAAGGACCUGCUGGGAGGGGGGCACGGGAGAAGAAAGUGGAGGGCGGAUAUGAGUGUGGCGACUGUGGCCGUCAUUUCAACUAUUUGGGAAACCUACGUCAGCACCAACGUAUCCACACCGGCGAGAAGCCCUUCGUCUGCUCAGAGUGCGGGGAACGCUUUCGGCAUGCCGCACGUCUCAAGAGCCACCGGCUCAGCCACAGUGGAGCACAGAGCCCCUUCCCCUGCCCGCAGUGCGGAAAAGGCUUCCCGGUGCUGUCCGGACUAAAACGGCACCAGCGUGUACAUACCGGAGAGAGCCCGUAUGCUUGUCCCCAGUGUGGGCGCAGGUUCAAAGAGCUGGGUAAUUUAUAUACACACAUGCGCAUCCAUAGCGGCGCCACACCCUACUCUUGCUACCAGUGUGGGCGGAGCUUCAGACAUCUUGGCACAUACAAGAGUCAUCGCUGUUUGCCUGCUACCCAGUUACCCAGUGGGCAUAGUUCAGAAUGGGCACAGGAGGACAAAGGGCAGACUAGAUGAUAGCAAAAGGAUAUUGUGACAGAUGUGUUCAUAUAGGGGUUCAUUACUUCCUCAACUGCUGUUUCAGGAUCAGUUUCAACACGCCAAGAGAGACAAGCUGAGCUGAAAAGAGUUGCGAGUGGUUUCAUACAGUAAGUGGUCGAGUGGAAAGACUCAGACAAGGGACAGGAUGUAUAAAAGGUCUUGGUAUGGUCACCUGCCUGUCUGCAGUGCAGAUAUAACAUUUGACAUCAUCAUGACAAUUAAAAAACAAACAGGUUACAUAAUGAAGCUGUGUGGAUUUACACAUCUUUCUUGUUCAUGUAAGCGUCAUUUUCAACGGUAACUUGCUGCUUGUCAAAUGUUCAUUUUUGAAGCAUUUUUGCAAUAAUAUGCUUCCAUUUUAAGCAUACAAUGUGUUUGGAUGUCCAUAUUUCAAGAUUCCACUUAAUAAAUAUUAUUCA